AUGGAAAACCUAGACCUCAACUCUCAUAUUGACAGCUUCUCGUUCCUUGACACCUACUCGGGGUACAUGCAGCCAGAAGGAGGUAUCAGCGAGCAAGGGGUUCCUCCUGUGGCCCUGGUGGUUCCUGCUCCGGGGAUGGGAGGUAGCCGACAACCACUAGGAUCUGGUCCCCAGGUUCCUGCUCUAGGAAUUGGAGGCAGCCGACACUCACUGAGGUCCGGUCCCCAGGUUCCUGCUCCAAGGAUGGAAGUAGGAGGUCGUGGGAGAUCGAGGAACAUCUCAUUUCCUACAGAAGACAUCGACACCCAUGAUGGAACAGAGGAAGAUGAUAACGCCUCCCAGUUGGAAGAUGGUGCUGAGGAGGAGAUGCAUUAUCUGUGGACCUGUCAACAAAUGAAUAGCAACUACGCUAUUGUUGGUGGCAUACUUGGUAUGUACCGCGCGCGCGUCGAGGCCGAGCUCUCCGGGAUAUGCACGGGGAUCCUGCGCCUCCUCGAUGGGCGCCUCGUGCCGGCGGCGGCGGCCGUGGACGCCAGGGUCUUCUACCUCAAGAUGAAGGAGGACUACCACCGCUACCUCGCCGAGUUCAAGACUGGCGCCGAGCGCAAGGACGCCUACUCGCCUCGUCUUCUCCAAUCUCCACACACACUCUCACUGCGCAAAACGAGCAGGCGGGCGGGCAACAAGGAGCUGCCGCCCAAGAAUCCCAUCAAGCUCGGCCUCGCUCUCAACUUCUCCGUGUUCUACUACGAGAUCCUCAGCUCGCCGGACCGCGCCUGCUCGCUGGCCAAGCAGGCAUUCGAUGAAGCUAUUUCAGAGCUGGAUAGUCUUGGGGAAGAGUCGUACAAGGAUAGCACCCUCAUCAUGCAGCUUCUUCGUGACAACCUCACCUUGUGGACUUCUGACAUGCAGGAGGAUGGUGGCGAUGAAAUGCGGGACCAGUACAGGAUCAUUUACAUGUAUAGGAACAUUCAAUUUGUAUGA